CAGGCACUUUCAAGGCUGGCAUGAGUGGAAGGGGACCAGGAGGGCCCAGAGUUUGAGUUAGAGCAUAAUUUGGAAGUUCCGUGUCACUGGGUGGGUUGAUGAGUCAUGAGAUCUGGAGAUCACAGAAGCCUUCCUAGCGAUCAGUUCUGAGUGAGGGAAAUAAAAUGGGUUAGGAUUUGAAGAAGUGGUUUGGAGGCCACGUCUUGGGGCACCAGGUGCUCUGAUGGCCGCCAGUCCCCAUGCGAGGGACUUUGGGAGCAAUGUCCCAGAGUGCUGUGAUUCAGAAGCUUCAGCCUGGGGUGGCGUUAAUUAAGGAAGGUCUUUGUGGUGGCCAGUCUUUGCCUUCCUUCCUUUCCAGGCCUUCAGGAUUCAGCUGUGUUCCUGUGGGGAGUGGGUUAAAAAUUCCUCUGGCCUGCAAUCAGCCUUACAGUAGCCACCAGGGGCAGGAGGGACAUAUACAUAUGUGGCUGCAGCAGCCUUCUCUGUCGUGGAGCCCUCACGCUUCCUCACUGUUGCCAUAGUAACGGCCUAUUGAUGGUGUAUUUAUAGGGGAAGAAGCAGGCGCUAAAUUUUGGGGAAGGAGGGGGAGGAAGCCUCAUGGCAGCAGCAGCAGCAAAGGCGGCUACAGAAUUGUUAAUGGAGUGGACCAUUCCUUGUGAGCUAUUGGGAGUUCCUGGCUUGUUUGAAGCUUUAAAAUGAGCUAAUGACUUUUGCAGGUGUCAGGAUAGCACACAUUCGGGGCUGUGAUAUGUGUGGGUGUGCACGCACCAAAGUCGGGUGUGUUUGGGACAGGAGGUGGCUGUAUGUAAGCUGUUACGUAAGUUUUCCACAUCAAAAUUUUAAAAAACCCACUGCAGUUCUCUUUUAUAAGCAACGAAAUAUAUAUUUUUCUCUCUUCACUUAUUAGUAAAGCCUUUACUCAUUCUUUUCAAACCCUCACACAACAGCUCCAUUUUUCUUCAAUCAAAAACCUUGCUGUUAGGCAUGCCACACCCACACCCUUGCCACGUGACUGGCAUUGGCUCCAGGGGAACCUCAGAGAUCCCUAAUGGAAGCAGAAUUGUGAGAUGAGAUUCCAUCCUCACUCUUAUAAAUAUUGAGGGUCAACUUUUCUCACAAUGGCUGGCCCAUCUGUUGACAAAUUCACACGUUGAUAGUUUGGGGUGGGAUUGUCGUGGGGUUUGAAAGAGAAAAUCCCCCUUGACAUGGUGUUUCCAUAGAUGGGUGUUAGAUUUGCUGUUUUUCCUUUAGUUUUAAUUUUAUUUAUGAUUUAUAUCUUACCUGCUUGCCCAAAGGAUUAGAAGAUAUAUAUAAAACUCUGAAAACAUGAAUAAAAAAUUAUGUACCACGUCGCAGGAGACAAGCAUAUGUGCUUAACAGCUGGGCUUCCAGGACGCCUGUGCUUGACGGUCAAUGUUAACGCUGAACUUCCUGGCAGCCUAGGUAAAAAGGGUAGCACAAUGGGUUCCACCAUUCACAUGUCUUGCAUCCAGUCAGUCAUAAAACCAGAGCUUCUGCUAGGGGAGGGGAACAGCAGGGUGAUUGCUCCCAGAUGUGGACAGCUUGGCCAGUGCUCUGGAAUCUGUGCAGGAGUGGGAGUGGGUGUUGGGGAGAGUAGUGUGCUGUGGCUAUGGUUUACAUACUGGCUGGAUAAUUCCUGAGCAGGAGUAAGGCUUUCAGACACUAACUCACAUUUGAGGCAACACUUGCGUCUAGUUAGCAUCUCAGUUUUGAUCACGUCAAUCAAUGUCUUGGUACUCGGCUGCAGUGUUCUUUAAUGCAAAGAGAGGAGACAUGACUGGUUUCAGGAGAUCCUUGCCACCCUGUCGGUGAAGACGAACACAGCAUGUCAUGUGGGUUUGGGCUGUGACUUUGGAGAUGGUUGUUGGUGCCUUGGUAAGCUUCUUAAACAUGUGCUGCCUGUUUUCAAGGAACUUGCCCAGAGGUAUCUGGGAUUUGCCAUUAUGAGGAAAACUAGUCCCCAAACCGGGUCCUGUCUCUGUCACUGUUGAUUUGCUUGACCUCAUCUAAGUUCUUGUCUCUCUGAGGUCCUUUCCAACUCAAAAGUGCAAAGAUUCUUUGAGGGAAGCGAAGAGGGAGGAACCUGGGCCUGUAGAUGUUUUUCUUUUUUCAAGAAAAAAGUCAACCCUUGGGUCUUCUAGACUCUCAGAAUAUGUUCUUGGAGGAAAUAGCUGGAAGGUUUGCUUUGGGCUCUGCUGGGCCUCAGGGAGCUCUGGGAGGAGGGCUUGGGGAAGAGUGGGAAGCAGUAGAACUAUGAGAGGCUGCCCAGAGGGUGAUCUGCCUCCUAAGGUGCUGCUUUGAGCUUUGACCAGGCCAGUGGGCAUGGGGGUCACAUCCCAGGGCCAAGAGGGUGCCCUGUAUGCUUGGGGUGUGAUUUCACUGGGACUCUGCUUUUCUUCUUUGCCAGGCAAGUGAGACGCUGGACCUGAGGGAGCACCAUGGCAGUGUUUCUGGAGGCCAAGAAUGCCCAUUCGGUCCUGAAGCGGUUCCCUCGUGCCAAUGAGUUCCUGGAGGAGCUGCGCCAGGGUACCAUCGAGCGGGAGUGCAUGGAGGAGAUCUGCAGCUACGAGGAGGUCAAGGAGGUGUUUGAGGACAAAGAGAAAACGAUGGAGUUCUGGAAGGGGUACCCGAAUGCAGUCUACUCAGUCCGAGACCCCGCGCAAAGCUCAGAUGCCAUGUAUGUGGUGGUGCCCCUUCUGGGGGUGGCAUUGCUGAUUGUCAUUGCCUUGUUCAUCAUCUGGAGGUGCCAGCUGCAGAAAGCCACUCGUCAUCACCCCUCAUAUGCUCAGAACCGGUACCUAGCCAGUCGUGCUGGGCACAGUCUCCCCCGGGUCAUGGUAUACCGGGGCACUGUGCAUAGCCAAGGGGAGUCCUCUGGGCACCGGGAGGUGGGAUGCAACCCUCAGGUGGUACUAGGGCCCAGUCGGGGGGGCAGAACCACAGUCCGCCUCGAGAGCACCCUCUACCUCCCUGAGCUCUCUCUCUCCAGACUGUCCAGUGCCACCCCUCCCCCAUCCUAUGAGGAGGUGACUGCACCCCAAGAGAGCAGCAGUGAGGAGGCAAGUGUCUCUUACAGUGACCCACCCCCAAAGUAUGAGGAGAUAGUGGCUGCCAACCCUGGCUCAGACAAGUAGUGGGACUUGUGUCCUGUCCAAUGUGAAAGCCUCUUUCAGGGGUCUCCUAUUUUCUUUUUAACUUUUUAAAAACUGUGCCACCACAAAACAGCCUUAGCCUCCUUGUUGCCAAAUAAUUUCCUAACCGUGGAUUUGUAGGAAGUCAGUUGUCAGAGACAGGUGGAGGGGGGGUAGGAAACAUGCAUGCGUCAAAGCCCCCGGGAGAGCCACAGGCUAGAGAGCCCAGCUCUUCCAGAAGCCCCCACACCCCUGCCAUCCUGUCCUCCCAUCAGGGACUGGCAUCUCUGAUGCCAAAGGAAUCACCCCUUUGAGUUGAUUGUGGCCAGAAUGUCUGUAGGCUCGGGCCCUGGGGCCAUGCAGCUGGCUGGAGACCUGUCUGUGUCUGGAAGCCUAGGCCACAGAGAUGAGGGAGAGAAGCUAGCCCUUCAGCACCUUUUUUCCUCGACAGUCUGUGCUUUCCGUUCUUGCUUACAUUUUGAGGACAAAAACAAGAACUGAACAAAAAACAAAAAGAGUAAUAAAAAAUAAAUAAAUAACGAACACAACAAAACACAAAAAUAUACCCUGGGCCAUUCAUAGCAGGCCAAGGGAAAUCAGUCACACAGAUCUGUGAUACCCCCUCCCCAACUCCCACUCCCACACUCCUGAUCAGCUUAAAAGGAAUGUCUCAAGCAGACUGGAAGGAGGACAGGGUGUGUGAAGAAUAGGGAGCAGGGACCUGGCUGGCAGAGUUACCUCCUCCAGAUUGAGUAGGGGGCCCGUGUGAACUUGGGCAUCCUGAAGGGUAGUUCUGGGUCUAGUGUGCUGGGCCUCCCCCAGACCUUGGAUCUCCAGACACAUGUACUGGCAGUGCUAAAACCGCUACCCACUGGCAUGAGCCCAAUCAUAGCCCUGGGAAAACCGACGCUGUUGACCCUGUCCAUGGAGCCUGUGGCCUCUGAAUGGCUGGGGUAAAGGCUGGGGCAGAGAGUUGAAGUUUUCUUCUUGUGACAUCAAUUGGCCCAUAGGAUGAUUAAACCCACAAACUUGGCCUCCUCAGCACUAUGCUCUCUGGCUUUGAAGUUUUAGGAUACUUCUCUUUUUGUGAAUAGGUGCAUUGAGUUUCAGAUGGCUGAUUUUUCUUUAAUGAUGGUGCCCUAUCUGGAGAGAAGAUCCCAAAGUCUCCCUUUUUAGAAGUUUCUUUGUGGGGGAGAUGGGGAAGUCCAUCACCUGGGUCAAAGGCCCAUCUGGUAUUUGCUCUGUCAUUGCCAGGUGGUGGUCUGCUUUUAGUAACGCUUCUCUGUGGCCUGGGAGCUGUCCACCUCCCCAUUUCAGUGAGGCUUCGGACAGCAGUGGGGCAGAGGUGACCCGCCCUUUAGCUGUCAAUUACCAAGUAAAAGACGCUGUCAACACCGCCUCCCCCCACCCCUUCAUCUCCAUCUUCCUGGCCUCAGCGCCAAACCAUGUUUCCUCUGUGGUGCUUCAAAAAAUGUAGCAAAUUUUUGUGGGGCCCAUAAGAGUGCACAGCCAGGGUCUAUUAGCAACCACAGCAGGUUAAAACCCACUGAGAAGACAAGCUUCUUUCUGUCUAAACAGCUCUCCAAGGCAGGCAUCGAGCCUUGUUCUUUGAAUGCAGCCCUGCCUUCAGGCCACAGAUGACUUCUGGAGGCCUCUCCAGUCCUGGGGACUUGCCUCAGGACAUGCUUCAAGUCAAGAGGCUUGUGUUCUUAUCCCAGUGAGGCCACCAGCUUGGACAUCUCAACCCUGUGGGUGGGGUUUUCCAUCCUUCCCCCUACCUCACAGGCCUAUUGGAGGCUGACUGAGCUAAUGCCUGUGCAGUGCUUGAAGCACCAGGGAGCCCGUGCAGUUUGCCGUUAGGAAGAUACUUCUAGAAAGGUGUAAGUUAUAGGGGACCAGUCUUAGUGGAGUCCUUCCUAUGACUCUGAUGUUGAGUCUCAACCUGGGCAGUCAAUCUCCUGCCAGUUGACACUUUCUGUCCCCUUGCCCCUCCCCCGAGAGCUCCCUGAUGCCAGAGGUGCUGACCAUGUGGCAUUCCACCUUUCCUUCCUUCCUCUUUUCCUCCCUCUGGGCCUCUAGCACUGCACUCCUGCCCUUCCUCACAAAGGCAUUUGCAGCCCAGAAGGCCCCUGCUUUUUCCAUGGUGGAGGUUGGGGUCAAUCCUGUUUGGCCAUCUUGGAGGACCUGGGGCAGCCUGCAGAUCUGGGGCCAGCUCCUGCUCUCCCAGCAUUUCCUCAGGCAGGUGCCUGCGUGUGACCUGAGAGCAUGGGGAGAGAUACUUACGCCUAUGUGUCUCCUCCCCACUGAUCGGAUAGCAUGGGCUCCACUGACCAGAGCUAAAGGGAGUAUGCCAAAGAAUGCCUGCUGCCCUUGGCAUCUGUUGAGCCCUUCCCUGCCGAGCUGCUGGAUAGUUUGCAGCUGGGUGAAGAUGGGAGAGAGUGAGAAGCAGAAGCCUGGCCCGGUGGAGGGCAGCACGUGUGCUUCAGGCACUGUGCUCUCGGGUUCAGGUGCUUCGCAGCAUUCUUCAAGGUGGGGUUGCCCCUGUGGUCUCUGGGACAUUUUUCACAGUAUGUUGUAGAAAAAAGACUGUACAGUACACCGUGGUCAUAACUCCUUGCGGUGCACAUUUGGCUUUCACGAAUCCCCUGUACAUAUCUUUUCAAACUCUGUCUUUUAUGGACGUUCAUUUGAUACAAUGCUAAUUCUGCAGUAGCCACAUUUUUGUUGUUUUUGGACUUGUGUGUGUAUGUGUGUGUGUGUACACGUGUGCACGUUGCCUUUUCUCACAUGCUUUUCUGAAACAAUAGCCAGUGUGUGGCUAUAUUUGUACCAGGAGGGUUCCGGUCUGAAGGGAGGAAUGUCACUUCCCAGUGCUGGGGAGCCUGAUGACAGGGCCCUGAGCAAAGAAAGCCGAGAUUAGCUGUCAAAGCCCCCCAAAGUCGCCACCUUCUGCCCCGCUUCAUGAAAGGCUUUGGAAGAAGAUGAAGCAGCUCCAUCCAGUGGGCCUCCUCCCUGUGGGACCCCCCACUCACACGAUCUUUGGGCGUGGUGUCCCCAGCCUGGGCUCCUGUUCUGUGGGCGUUAGCAGCUGAAGGAAAUCUGACUACUCCUGGGUCUUUUUAUUUUUUUUUGGUGGAAAGAUGUGUGACCAUUGACUUUGGGAAUGGUGGGGCUAGUUACUUAGAUAUUUUUCAUUAAAAAAAAAGAAAAGGCUUUAAAAAGUUCCUUGAAAUAUGACUUUCACUUGUUUUCAACCAAAAACUUUUGAAGACUUCUUAAAACAAGAAUCGCAAUCCUGUCCCUCCCCCGCUGCCCCCCAUUGCCUGGGGUUUUAUAAAUGAAAGCACAAGAGAAAGAGUGGAGCGCACAGGUGCCCAGCGUGUGCAGCACCAGCACAGCUGCAUUGCGCCCUGGCUGAUGGAAACACAACACUGAGCAGUCUGACCCGGAGGCCAGGGGCCUCCUCCUCUACUUGCGAAUCCCACUGCCAUUAGUGUGAAUUCCACAGGGUGCUUUGGAAAACAGGAAUCUGCUCGGUUUAUUGGAUGUUGUCCUUUUGGUAGCCCAAAUAUGAGGAAUUCGGGACAGGAGUGUCUUUUUGUUAAGGAGUUGGAGCCAGAUGAUUCCUCUCUGGCUGGGAGUUGAUCUUUUGACAACCAAAUGGCAUCCCACAAGAAGAAUUAAAAAACAACACUGCCUUUAGAUUGUUCUGUUGUCCGAGAGAGAGAUCAUCGGGAGAGACUCUUUUCCCUACGCUCUGUCUUUCUAGGAGCGUGCAUGUGUGCUGUGUCUCAUGUGUGUGCCCUCAAGUUCAAGGCUGAGACGGAGAGCUGGGCAGCAAAGCUGCUGGUCUAGGCUGCUUUACAGCUUGACGAGUAAUGAAGCUCUGUUUCAAGAUUGCGCGAUUGGAUUCGGAAACAAGCACAUCCUCCCCACUGAACUCUAUACUCAUGCUAAUCAGUAUAAUUAGCUAAUUUAAAAGUACUGUGAUCAGACUGCCUGCGACUAUGAUAAAAACCCAUUAAUUUGAAGCCCACUAAUUCAGAACUUGGAGAAAAUAACAACUUAAGAUAAUUCACGGUAUCUGUGAUUCUUGCUUCAUAGAAAUAUUUGAAAUAUUCUUCCCUUUAGUCAAUUUUCAGGGUCAUAUGUGUAAGAGGGAUCUAGUUUAAAAUGAGUACCUUUUUCAAAUACAAGGCUCAAGAUAUUAAGGAUCCCUUCACUGUGCCUUCAGCUUUGGGGUUCAGCAAUUCUCAUAUGUAAGGCUCUUUCUGUACAGGAUGCUCUCUUGUUCUCUCUCCAUUGUGGGGAUGUUGAGUAUUGCAGUUUUUCAUUCUACUCCUUUAUUUACCCUAUGAAUAACAUAGUUUGUGAACUAGACUGCAAUUUAAAGUAAUAUAACUGUGUAUCUUGCUAAAAAUUCUGUAAAGCAGAUGUUUCGCUAUCAGACUGGCCACUCCCAUCAUUCGCCCCAGCUUUUCCUUUCACAGGCUGUGGGUGGUGAGUCUCUCUCUAGCAAGAAUUUUUCAGACAAAGAUAUCCUAACAGCACACCCCCUCGGGCUCAAUGCCUCAACAGUUGUUCCACUGUACUGAGAGCUCUGACCAUUCAACAGCGCCUGCCCUUCUCCCGCCCCCAGCCAGAGCAUUAACACAGAUAUUCAAGAUUGGGACAAAUCCCACAGCUGCUUUUGCCUCCCAAUCUGUCUCCCCUUACAGAUAACCACUUUCCCAGGCCUGAACACACCUGCUAUUCACUCUGUGAUCGUGAAUUUGUGACAGUGGAAGC